UGAUCAUGCGACUUGUGUCACCACUUGUUAGUGUCUUAGUUUAACUGUGUUUAUAUAUCAUCUUUAUGUCUGUGUAGGCUGAUGCUUGUGUAGGAUGUCUUCAGUGAAUUUCACUGGGAAGAAUGUGGAGGAGUUUACCAUCACUGGCUUCGACCACCUCUCUCACCAGAAGCUCCUGGGCUUCCUCAUCUUCAUCACCUAUUUCCUUGUGCUUCUGGGAAGCGGCACCAACAUCUGCAUCAUUUUGACGGACAGACGGCUGCACACGCCCAUGUACCUCCUCAUCUGUAACCUGGCCGUGGUGGACAUCAUGUUCACCUCCAGCACCAGCACCACCAUGAUCUCUGUCCUGUUGGCCGAGUUCAAAACCAUCUCCUACUACUCCUGCAUAUCACGCAUGUAUAUCUACCACCUGGGUGACAUCACAGGGUGUCUGGCCCUGUCCGUGAUGGCUUUGGACCGAACCAUCGCUAUCAGCAACCCUCUUAGGUACCACAGCAUCCUGACUAACGCACGAAUAUUUGUGUUAAUCAUAGCUUCCUGGUUCAUAGGUAUAAUAUGCUUAGGAAUUGCUCUUGCUUGGGCAGACUUUGACAACCUUCCAUACUGCCAGCCAAUCAUUGGGUACGUCUUUUGUGAUUACCCAGCUUUAAUCAGGGCUGCCUGUGUCAACCCUGAACCUUACUUCCUGAUUCCCACCAUUCUGGCUCUAUGGCUCCUCGCGGGCCAGUUUCCCUUAAUUAUACUGUCAUACGUUAAAAUCAUCUACACACUCCUGAGACUGCCAAACAGUGAGAGCAGAGCACAGGGGUUUAAUACCUGUAUUUGUCACAUUAUUGUGGUGUCCUGUUACUACGCUCCCAAGUUAGUCUCUGUGUUGUUGACGAGGAUAGGGCUGAGGCUGAAUCUGACGGAGCGUAACGCUUUAAUGAUUAUAGCUACGCUGUUACCCUCUCUGAUCAACCCUACAGUCUACUGUCUGAAGACCAAAGAGAUUAGAAAGAGAUUGGUUCAGAUACUGUCUAGAAAAAAAAGAACUGUAUCAAUAAAAUGUCAAAAAGGGUGAGUUAUUUAUUUGUUAUUAUAUAUUUUGGGAUACACAUAAUCAAAUACAGAUGUGACUUGAAUGACAUGUUUUAUCAAAUCUGAAAUGUAAAAUGAAUGUAUAGAGUCGGGUAUGAAGAGGUAUGAACCCUCACUAACAUAUAUGAAAGUGCACUCUUCUUUUAAAUAUCAACAAAUUAAAAAACCAACGGUUAAAAUGUUGACACACAAUACUAGUUAUCGCAUGGUUUGAUAAUUGUGCAUGAAAUCAAUUGCAACAAUAUUGUCAAAUUAAUUUUAAGGGAUAUUAAUUGUCAAAAGGUAAAUUAGGGAGUGCUUACAUUUGUCCUG